AUGGAAUUGGGCUCAGAUUGUGACGAACAGCAGGAUUGUUCUAUGACGGACGUCGGUGAUAAGCUGGAUUGUGGCCAAAAGAUGCUGCACAACACCAACAGCGUACUGCAAAAGAUUGCGAACCUCUAUGCCGAGCGUCUGAUGUCCGAUGUGACCCUCGUGGUCGGUGAUAAUCGAUAUCCUGCGCAUCGUAUCAUCCUUUGCGCCAGCAGUGACGUAUUCCAGGUGAUGCUAAUGAAUGCAACAUGGCGCGAGUUUGGCGAUGCGGUCAUCACGCUGCAGGAAGAAGAGAAGUGCCACGGUGUGUUCCCGCAGUUCCUGCGCUACAUGUACAUCGGCAAGAUGACGAUAUCGGUGGACACAGCCGUCUACAUCCUGAAGCUGGCGGACAAAUACAACAUCCACGAUCUUGUGCAGAUGUGCAUCGAUUACAUGAAAAAGCACAUCAACAAGGCGACGGCAAAGGGCUACUUCGUGGAGUGGCUGCACAACGUGCUGCUGAUAUGCCCGGGACGUAAGGAUUUAAUCUCCCUGCUGGAGAACUACCUCAAGUGGAACCUUGAGCGCAUCGUGCUCUACCCGGGCUGGGAGAACCUGAGCCUCGGUGUCAUGAAUUGGCUGCUGCAGCAGAACGAUCUGGUCGUGCGCAGCGAGUUCCGCCUGUACGAGCUGGUCGAGAGCUGGUUCAGCUACCAGAAGCGGCAGCUCGAGAUCCGCUCGGACAUGCGCGCCCAGGACCGGGAGGGUGCGAUCAACAAGCUAAUCUACGGUGUGCUGGUUCACAUACGCUUUUCAAUGAUGAGUCUUCCGCAAAUGGCGAACGUGCUGAUGAGCACCUCGGUGCGCACGCUGAAGGAGUUCUUUGUGGCGCGGGUCGCCGACGGAAUGAACUUCCACUCGCGCCAUUUGGAGGUGGUGAGCGCGAUCCGCCAGACGGAGCAUGGUGAGCUGCUGUUUACGCCCCGGCUGUACACCAGCGAUCUGUGGAGCCUCGAAAUUGCGGUCAACUACUUUGACAAACUAGACAAGUACUCGAGCGUGGCGUCGGUGUUCUUUUCCCCGACGAACUUCAGCGAUGUGGACGAGGAAAGCAAUGGAUGGGAUGUCGAGUUUUUUCCGCUUGGCGUGCGGUACAAACCGGCCCAGCUCAUUGGCGUCUAUAGUGCGGCCACGAGCCGCGAGAUCCCGGAGAGUAUCAUCCGUACGGUGCGGUUACGGGUCACCACCCAGGCCACGAUGCGCUGUGAAAGCCGUUAUAUGAUCGGGGUGCUGAUAUGCGGCAUGAUGAACGACGAGGAGUACGUGCAUAAUUCGCUCGUACGCAUGGCUUACUUCUCCAACGAUCAGCGUGUAUUAAAUAUAGAUAAUCUAAUUCCAUUCGAUGAGCUCCAGCUGGGUGGCCAAAGCUUGAGUCACUAUCUGGUGGGUGAGCAUCUAGACACGAUUAAGAUUAAAGUGGUAAUCGUGCCACUGAACCCGUUCUCGAACGUGUUCGCUCCACCGUUGGAGUAG